AUGUCAGGAGUAUAUCCAAAAUUACCUCGUGUUGCUGUUAGAGAUAAUUUUGAAGAUGAUGACUUAAGUGAUAUCGACGAUGAAGUAUUUAUUCGAGAUGGGGCAAAUGGUAUUUUAAAUAUUGAUGAUGAUUGUGGAGCCAAAAGACCUCUCAUGGCUCCACGUAGAAAAUGUAAAACACACUUUUCUGAAACGCCAUCUUUACCAUAUAAAACUCUUUUUGCACCAUUUUGCUAUACUUUAUUAGGAUUUUUUAUUAUUUUGGGUAUAAUUAUAUUGUGCAUAAUUACUAUAAUUCGAUUUCCCAUGCCUAUUAAUCUACUAAAAACUUGGUUAUCUCAUAAUAAGGAAAAGACAUUUGAUAAACAACACACUAUUCCUUGUACAUCAUUGAAUUCCAAAAUCCAGUGGACAAGAACAUUACCUAAGCUGAUAUCAGAAGCCCCAUUAAGAAGUAACGAUGUUAACGGAGAUAAUAUAGAAGAUGUUAUCGUAGGAUUCAGUACCGGUCUGGACAAAGCUAAUGCUCCUGAAUAUGUUUGUACAUUCAACUUUGAUCAAAGUACGCCUUGUUUAGGAGGAGUUUUAGCCUUAGAUGGAAAGUCUGGUGAAACAAUUUGGACUCACUGGACUGCUCAUGCAGUAUUUUCUGUAGAUUGUGGCUUAGAUUUGAAUGAUGAUAAAGUGAAGGAUUGCAUUAUAUCUGGACUUGGUGGGAUUUUGCAUGCUAUUAAUGGUCAAGAUGGAACUAGUAUAUGGGAAUUGCCAUAUAAAGAUUUAUCUAUGAUUUCUCAACAUAGAUAUUAUGACAUUUAUGAUGCAAGGUAUAUAGCUGAUGUUGAUGAUGAUGGAAUUGGUGAUGUUGUUGCUUCCCAUACUUGGCUGUCUGAUGGAUCACAAUCAGAAGUAAUAUUAGUAUCAGGCAAAAAUGGAAACAGAAUCAACAGUAUGGAUUUUCCUGGAAAAGAACAAUUGUUUGUAGCACCCCAGAUUAUUGUGCAUCCAGAUGGAGAAACUUAUUUUGUAUUAGUUGCUAGUAAUCAAGAUAAAGCUGGAGGUCUUUAUAUUAUUCCACAUUCAAAAUUACUGAAGGGAGAAUUUGAAUUGCAAGAAAUUUACAACGGUCCAGGUAGAGGUAUUGCACUGCCUCCUCUUUUGAUUGAUAUAAAUUCAGAUGGAACAGAAGACAUUAUUGUUGCUAUGUUUAAUUGUACAAUAAUGGCUUUCAAUGGCAUAACUUUUAAAGAAAUUUGGAAUUUUACAAUACCGAAUUCUGAAGUUAUUAGUAUUCCUAUCCCUGGAUACUAUAAUGAUGAUAGAAUACCAGAUUUUAUGGUGAAACAUCAGAUUGGUCCCGGUUUUCCUGUUUAUUACUAUUCAACUGCAACUGUAUUAGAUGGACAAACCGGAAAACCUUUAUUAAAAACACCAAUGGAAGAUACUCUAAGUACACAGAUGUUUGGAUUGUCUGUAACAGUUGAUGGCUUUGGUAAUGAUUGGUUUUUACAUUGGUCCGCAAAUUGUUUUAAUAAAGAGGGAGCAAAAAAUAAUUAUGAAUUUAUAAACGAUCCAAGUUCUGGUGCAGACUUAUGCAAACUACGAUUCAACAGUACUCUUGUUACAUCCUUAUUUGCUUUUAGCCAACAUGUUGAACCACCAGGAAUACCUUUGUAUCAUUCUGAAGAUUGGAAAAACAUGAAAUUUAAUAAUUCCAUUAGUUCCCAAAAGGAACUUGAAAAUAAUGCUGAUUCAGAUUUUGAUUUUAAUGAUGUCGAAGAUGAAAUAAUUUCAAAUAGAUUUCCAAAUCAAUCACCAAAUAAUAGAAAUAAUCUGAUUCAAUAUAAAAAUAUUAAGAAUGAAGAUUCCCAAAAAUUAGAAAAUUUGUAUUCCAAUAUUAAAUUUAAUAAUCCACAGGAUAAUCAACAAAGUGAAAGCCUUUUAGAUAAACCAUUAGAUCAGCUGAAUGAAAAUGAAUGGAAAGAAAAUAAAUGGGAGAACGAUAAGUCGAAAGAAAAUAACGCACAAACUGACGAUAAUUAUGAUGAUAUGUAUGAUGACGAGGAAGAAAAAUUUAUAACAUCGCGUCAAUUAAAUGAAAUUCGUCUUCAAAGAAGUGAAAAAAGUAAUGUCAGAUAUAUAAAUAAUGAUACAAAUGACAUAGAAAAUCAGUUAGAUCCCAGUAUGGAUUACACUAAUGGACAGAGUAAACAAAAUAACUACUACUCUUCUUUAAAUUUUAAUAGAUCGAGUAAUCUCGAUGAUAGUUCUGAUUACAUGAAUAUUCCUGACAUUGAUUUCGUUGAUAAUAUUAAAGAUGCUGAGGUCCUUGAUGACAAAAGAAAACGUGAAAUAAAAAAGAAAAAGCGUAAUCUUAAGCAAAAUGAAAGUGAAAUAAACUCAUUUAUAAUAAAUGAUAGAUCAUCUCGGGUAAAUACAAUUAAUGCAAAUAACAAAGUGAAAAAUGGAUUUAUAAAAACAAUUCGUAAGAAAGGUAUUAUAGAUUUUUUUAAUAGACGAUUAAAAAGGGAAACUAAAACGAAAGAGGCUUUAAGGCAAAUAGAAAAAGUAGUUGGAAUAAAACGUCAGUCACCUACUGGAGCUUUACUUUUUCCUCUAAAAUCUAAUAAAAAUUCUGUAGAUUUAAUUUUUUCAACUUUCUGGCUUCCACCAUUAAUCACGCCUUUUUUUCUUCUACCUAAAGAUUUGGAAUGUAUUCGAAAAGCUGAAGAAAAAUUAGGUAAAAAAGUUUUAUUUAAAGAAAGAGAUUUAAUUGCUAAUAAUUGCUUAACAAAUAGAGGAAUUGAUUAUAAGUUUUACAAUAAAGCAACAGACAAAAAAAAGUCGAGAAUUGGGCUCGGACAAAUGACCUUGUAUAGAAUGGAAUUGCAAUGCGUUUGUCCUGAAGAUAUGCUACCAGGUCAAACAUGUAGAGACAUUUCUAAACAACAAAGUUGGCCUGAACAUUUAGGAGCUUCUGGAAGUGGAUAUUUUGAAAUGCUUAAAACUUAAAACUCAUAAGGAUUAUUAUAUUUACUUAAUACAUAUGAUAUGUAUGUGAUAAUGAAUGAGAUGUAUUUAAUGAGUAGAUCGUACAUGUGUAUGGAGCUCGGAUAUCAAUGUCAGUUAUAUAAAAAAAUUCAUAUAUAAUUGU